AUGUCCACCGAUGAGAUUGUAUGGCAGGUGAUUAGCCAGAGUUUUUGCUCGCACAGGAUCAAGACGCGGAACGGGCAGCAUUUCUGUCGGGACCCGUAUAAUGUGACUGGGUUGUGCACGAGGCAGUCCUGUCCGCUGGCGAACUCUAAAUAUGCGACGGUGAGGAGUGACAAGGGUCGGAUAUACCUGUACAUCAAGACUCCCGAGAGAGCGCACACACCGGCGAAACUGUGGGAGAAGAUUAAGUUGUCGAAGAACUACGUGACGGCUUUGAAGCAGAUCGAUGAGCAUCUGCUGCACUGGAAUAACUUCUUCAAACACAAAUGUAAGCAGAGGUUUACGAAAUUGACGCAGGUUGCUAUCACAGAGAGGAGGCUCGCUAUGAGGGAGGACGAGAGGCACUACGUCGGCGUCGCGCCGAAGGUCAAGAGGAGAGAGGAGAACAGGGAAAGGAAAGCGUUGUCCGCUGCUAAGAUCGAAAAGGCUAUUGAGAAGGAGUUGCUGGAUAGAUUGAAGUCUGGUGCGUACGGUGACAAGCCAUUGAACGUGGACGAGAAAGUCUGGAAAAAAGUUCUUGGGAAGCUGGACGACGAAAACGAGGACGAGGAAGUGGACGAAGAUUUGGAGGACUGGGAUGAAGAGGAGGAGAGCGAUGAUGGUGAAGUUGAGUAUGUGGCUGCUGAUGAGGAGAACGAGUACGUUGACGUUAACGAUCUAGAAAAAUGGUUGGCCGAUUCUGAUAGUGAGUACUCCUCUGAUGAAGAUGAUUCCUCCUCCUCUGAUGAGAGCAGUGACGAGGACGAGAAAACAGAUUCCAACAAGAGAAAGAAAACCAAGGCUCCUAAGGCUAAACGGCCUAGAGUCGAGAUUGAGUUUGAGGAGGAGACAAACUUACAACCUGCUGAACAGCAGACAACUGAAAACUAA